AUGCCUAGGGCGAAGGUACAGAUUCCGGCGUUCUUAUAUCAAUGGGGCGAUGGUGAGUUUAAAAUAUUCUCGAAACCUUGAAAUUAGAGCUGAAGGUAUAAAAUAACAACCAAAACUUUACCAGGACACCUUUCAAAAAAUUUCUAUGAACAGGAUCUUUUAGAAGUCCAUUAUUGGUAACGAAAGCUGAAUUUUACUCCGAAACCCUUUUCUCACUGAGCCCUUUUCGCACAGAGUCGAAAAUCUUUUUACAUUCUCAGUGGCGCAUGUUGAAUGGGGAAAAGUUUUGAACCUUUUUAAUCCGAUUUUUUUCAGAAGAAGAAUCGAUGGAUCACAAGAUGAACUUGAGCGAAGCAUUGGCUUCUCCGCAACAAGAAAUCGUUGUUGACGACGAUGGUCAACUGCUUUCUGAGGCCACUAAUGGUAGCCUUUUGGAAGUCUUAUUAGGUGCAAAAAUUUUACACAGUCUGUAACCUUUUCAAUUAUUUUUUUUUACGUCGUGAUAGAAAAGCUCCCUGAUUUUAAAUUGUUUUUGACGUUUUUUGGUUCCCUUUGCGUUCGAAAGUUCUUUUUUUCUUCAGCAAUACAUUCUGCACCGCCGCCAUUGCACUGUUCUGACACGGAGAUGGCGGUCGUGAAGAUCUUCGCCUACCUGGAAUCUCACUCUGGCGGUCCAGACGAGAUCGCUGAUCUCACGACCCAGCAAAUCACGGUUUCAAAUUUUAUCGGAUAAGCGCCUGACGAAUUGAGUUCAGAAGUUGAUUCGUGAGUUGAUUCCGUCGACAAAUGUCGUGGGGAUCUGCCCAGACGAUCGUCGUCGCUUCGAGGCUUCUGCCGUCAGCAACGCUGAGUUCAAGUCCCGCAUGGUCACCGCAAAUUUCAUCUCAACCAUUUAUGUGAGCUUUCUCGAUGGUUUUGAGUUACCUUCAAAAAUUUUCGUCCACAAACUUGUUUAAGUGAAAAAUAUCAGUAUGCAUGAAUACGAAGGAGCGGCCAGGUACUUUCCAAACAUUUUCUAAUUGAACAAGUUUUUAUUUUUCGUGUAGAGAAGACCCGAGUUCGUUUCGUUUUCUUGAAGUGUUAGAAACUGAAAAAAAUAUGGGGUUUUUGUGACCUUUCUUUGUCAGGCUUGAUUUCCUUUUUGUUAAACUUCCAAAGAUAAGUUAAACUUCCAAAGACCGUUUAUCAUAUUUCGAAAAAAAAUUUCAUUUCUUUCUCUCGGUCUGCUUUUUUGUAUAAUAGAUCUUCAUAGUUCUAUUUCUUUCCUAUCUUUCUAGAACCUUCCAAAAACACUUGAAAGAAAAAAAAAAUGGAAAUAAUUGUUUGGAAGGAGGGUGGCGUGAGAGAAUUAGGAGUGGAAAGACGCAUUAAGCGGUCUCAUGGGAGAGCGGUGAGUGGUUUCUUAAGUGGGUCGUAAAGUGGAACGAACGCUGCCGAUUGCGAACGCGUUUCUCAAGGGGGCACUUUGCGCCACCUUCGGCUGCUCUCCGCUCACAAAGAGGAAAAGUCCCAUAUGGUCCUCUCCAGCCGCAGAAGGAGCUUCAUGCGAUAGUCAGCAUUUGAUUGAUUGAAAAAUAAAAAGAAAUUGAGAGAAAUCCGCUUUUAUUUUUAAUGAAAAUAAAGUAAGAAAUAUCUUCAAAUUAUGUGUACAAUUUUUUUCUUAUUUUGAAAGUACAAAAAUUAAAAACUUUUUUCGAAAUUGAUGAAGUAUAAAUGAUCGGUUUUUUUGUGCCUUUUGAGUUUUUAAAACAGAUGCGAUAUCAAAGAAUGAUUCAGUCAGAAGGUCCAAUUUUUCCAUUUUUCAAAAAUUUGGACGUAUGGUCAUAAAAUUUCGUUCGAAACAAGCUGAUCUGAUUGUAAUGAUGAACCAAAUGAAGAUAAUGAAAGCUUUCAGUCAAAUAUGCAAAUGGCUGAUUUGGAAAGAGCGCGCCGAAAAGAUCAAGAGAAGCACCGCCAACUCAGUAACACCGCAACAAGGACCUCUGUGAGUUUUUCAAAAAAUUAUUCAGAAAAUGAGUUUUCCAAACAAUUUUGAAUUUGAAAAAAAACUGGGAAUAGUUUGUUUUUCUCGAAAAUCCAUUUUCGUCCGAGAAGUUUUCUGAAUUACGGCGGACUUUUUGAGGUGCUGCCUGACGUAUACAUCGACAAGCUGCGGCUGGCGCUGCUCAAUGAGAAGAACUACAUCGUCGAGAUUCCGAGUGAGAACAACUUGCGAGUCUCGCUUCUCAAGGUGUUCGCCUGCGCCACGAUGCGCAAUACCGACCUUUUCGGGUUUACGCGACGAGCCGUCCUCUACACUCUCCGCAGCGUGGGUACAGCUGUCUAGGACCUCUCAAAGAGUCUUUUCAGAUUGUUCCUGUUCAUCGACGACACCAGUACACUCAUUUGCACUCGAUAGCGCGAAGCACCAAGUAUCAGCAGUUGCCCGCCGAGUUUUUCAACAAAAUCGCUGGUUUGAUUUGCCGAAAAAAAUAACGCUGGAGGAAAUAGAAAGCAAAGAAAAUUUAUUUUGGAAUUCAUCCACUGAACUUUUUUGUAUUCUUUGUUUCGAUGCUUUUUUCAGUGUAAAAACUAGAUUAUGUGACCAAAACGAGACGUUGGUCCUACUCGUCAGAAAUGACGGAAAUUGCAGAUCUGGCGUUCGCCUGCGCUUCUCUGAACACGUGCAAUGCCGCCUUGGCAGUUGCUAUCAAAUCGAAGUUGACGGCCGAAGUUUCAGCGACUGCUUCUAAAUAUUUGUGAGUCUUCAAUCAUUAAUGAUAGGAAUCAUUUCUUUUUCAAAAAAUUGACUCAUAAACGAAUUGAAAUAAGUUUUUUGAAGUGAAUAACACGCUUGAGAAAUACAUUGAGAUUACAAAAUUUGUGAAAGAAAUGAAGUAAAAAUUUCGCUUUUUUUAUGACAAUAAAUAACGCUGGCUAUAUAGGUUGGGCAAAUUAAAACAUCUCCUUCCAAAAAUUUUUUUGUAGAUUUUCUGUAGAUUCGUAUUUACUUGCCAGUGUCGGUUUUAUAUCGUUUUUCCGUAACUUUUUAUUUUUGAACUCGAGCUUUGUUGGUAUUGCAAAAGUUUUAUCGAGUAAAUUUGUGUCCCGGCUUUGAUGAUUCGUUUUGACAGUGAAAACAUGCGGAGACUGUACCGCGUUCACUCGACGGACGAGACCCUCGACGAAUAUUACAAGAAGGAGGGCGAGAUGGACAGACAGUACAACCGUGCCGCGCCGUGUCAGUUUUCUUUUCUUGGCCUAUAAUUGGAUCCUUCUUUGAAUUCCCUGAAAGAGUUAAGUUUUGGUUCGAAGAAAUCUAUGAUUUUUUUCCCGUUCAAGAAGUAGAAUAUAGCGGUUAGUUCUGGAAAUUUUCUGGAAGAAAAGAAACAUAAUCGAGAUGACUGACUACUUGCAUGAAGUUGGCGAUUUGUGUAAUUGACUCAAAAGAAGGACGCCGAAAACUGUCUGCCAACAAAUGAAUUAAAUAAAAAUGAAAUGGUUGCAAAUUUAUUCAAAAAAAUAUAAAUUACUCUUAAUUUUCUUCCAAAUCAACAAGUCACUCUGAUUUCAAUCAACAAGUCACUCUGAUAGAUCUAAAAACUCUGCUACUGUUUAUUUUUUUUUUUUAGAAAUGACACGCGUGAACGGAAAUAGCAUUAAAUAUCUUAGGUACUCAAAAUUUUUUUCAUUAUUCGAUGAAAAAUCUAGUUUGUUUACCAUAUCUUCCGUGAGAAUUUUUCAAUAAUUAAAGUAGACAAAAUGAAUAGUAAAACAGAAAAGAAGCAUAAAAAGUAUGCUAUUUCGUGGCCGACUGUCGGGAUUUCAGUGCAGUCGAUCCGUGUUGCCGCAAGGCGCGCUCCGUCGUCUGUCGGCGUUUCUAAACCUGAGCCGUCGACGCCUUCUCGUUCCGUGACCGUUCACACUACGCAGAGUAGCUCCGACGCACUUCUCCUGGCUUUACAUUCGAAUUCUUUCGCAGACGACCAGGUCAAUGGCGCCGUCAACGAAGGCGAAGCCGACUCUUCGGCCGCCGAACAACCCAACGAUGACGAGGAGAUGUUCGAGGAGUAUGCCCCUGCCGAAGCGGGUUUAAAUCAAUUUUUAUAUCGUCUUCCUUUCUAAUUCCAACCUCCGCGUUUCCUAGGUUCCCAAGAUGAGCUUGUCGGAGCACUUAAUGAAUAUUUCUCCGAGGAGGGCAACGACUUCAAAUGA